AUGGCCGAAAAUGUGGAUCCCACGGAGGUAAAAAGAAACGUGGCGAGUCUUCAGCGUGAAGCUGGGCGCAAAGAUGAAGCAAUGGAGGUUCAAGAUGCCUUCGACUGGACAGAUAUAUGCAGAUCGCUCGAGGCGACAUUCAACAUCGAUAGCUUCGACAGCACCGGCGUUGGAAGACGCAGAGGCACUAAGGGCGAAAGUUUUGAAGAGUUCCUGAGAAGGUUUAAAAGGAAGUACGAGCAAGUAAUCAAAUGCAAAGCAACCCUCAUAGAAAUAUUAAGCGAUGACCGCUUGGCAGGGAGGGCAAAAAGCAUAUUCGCGGCUCUUCCGAGGAUAACGAAAGAGCAGGGGCUCGAUGCAGUGACAAGGGAAAUGGCCAGGCUUUUAUCCUAUGACUCAACAGCAGGUCAGAUGAGGGCACUCACGGAGUUGCGGAAUCUCAAGUUGAGACCGCAUCAGGAAGUAGCCGAAUUCUGCGCCGUAUUGGAGAAGCUAGGACGACAGGCCAACCCAGAAUGCACGAUCGAAGAUCGAUCGUUGGAGUACGCGCAAAUUUUGUUGGACAACCUCAGAGAGGGGCCUGAACAUUUUCAAUUAGUAGGGGCAUUGCAUAGGGUAGACCCACUGAGGGCAUAUGAGAAAGUGAAACAAUUGGCUCUUAGCAUAGAGCAAUCGAAAAUUAUGUUUGGUUGCGGUAGAAAGGCAGCAGACUCGAAGUGGAAAGAAAGAGCCACACACUAUCGCAGCCACUGGUCGGUGGAGAGAGCAGGAGAGACGAGUUAUGCCCGGAAUAGGCCAGAACAAAUGAGAGAGGCGUCGGCAAAUGUAAGAGAAAGUGGUAGACGAGGUAACUACCAAGCCAGUAGCAACAGGGAAUCCCAGAGACAGGUGCGGAAUGCGAAGCCAACCAGCAUGAACCUUCGCAGGAGGGUGUAG